GGGCCGAGCGCGCCUCGCCUCCCCAGCCUUCCUGGCUGCAGCCUGUGGUCAGCAAGGGCAGCCUGACCGGGUGGCUCCCAUUUGCCGGGUGGGUCAGAGGCUGCCUAAGGCGACCGCUGUGUCUGGGGGUCCGUCCAGCAAACACUCGGCUGCCCGGGACGUUCCACACCCACGGCCGCCCGGACUCCCACCCUGUCCCGGCCCGCGGUGGCCACCAUCCCCAGGGAAGGGCGUCCCCGCUAAGAGCACCGGGAAGCUGCGGGGGGCCACGGGCCGGCCCCCUGCCGCUCGGCCUUGA